CAGUCUUGCAACACUGCUCUCUUUUGGACUGCAGAGACAGUGGCAAAAAUUUUGAGGUAGUACGAGUACUGGUACCUGGUACAGUACUGAAACUGAAACUGAAAACCUUCGGUCGAAUACGAUCGUACCGUCGUGCAAUGUAAAUGGUAUCCUCCUGAUUACCACGUCGAUCCAUCACAGCUUUGAAUGUCAUCGAAGCGGCAACAUGAUCGACGACGAUCUUGCUUCGCCCGAAUCCAAACCAAAGAAAAAAUGCUGUAAUAUUUACGAUGGGAAUCUCGACGCUAUUGGCUACUCCUGGAUUUCGGUCGGGCGGGGCAUGAUGAUCAUGUCCAAUCUUUUUAUUGCGCAAUCUCUGUUGUUUUUGGCUGCGGAUGCUGCGGGUUGCAACAUUGAGGGAGAGACCAACAACGCCGAAACCUGCAAGAAGAAGAUUUAUGGAUUUGUUCCAUCAAGCUUGAUUACCAACAUUGCUGUGAUUGGUGGAAUAGCAUCGGCAUUCAUGAUGCCUAUUUGUGGGGCAUUGGUGGACUUCACGCCCUACAGACGUUUGGUAGGAAUAUCCGUUGCAAUAGGAUUGACUCUUAUACAGACCGUUCAGAUAUAUACCGUCGAAACCACUUGGUUUGCGAUGGCCAUGCUUCAAGCCGUUUCGGCAGUAUUUUACCAAUUGCAGCUUGUAACGCUCAAUGCAUAUUUGAUAGAUGUUGCUCAGGACGUCGGAGAAUCGAGAAUGAACCGCUUCUCCACAAAUUUCAUCUCGAUUCUAUAUGCCUCUCAUCUCUUAUUUAUAUUCAUCGUUGUAGCUAUCCAGAUCGCAUUCGGAACAUCGGUUGUCUUGACAGCGCAAAUAAGCCAAGGACUAAACACAUUGUCCACUUCUCUGUUUUUUGGUGUUGGGUGGUUCGUGUAUAUGACGCCAAGAUCAGCCGUACGCCUUUUGCCUGAGGGACGAAGUCUCAUCACAGAAGGUUUUCGUCAAAACUGGAAUACGCUAAAAAGCAUCCAUACCCAAUAUAGACAUGGGUUGCGGUGGUUCUUUCUUGCCCUCGUAUUUGCCGAAGCAUGUGAGUAUAGCACUUGUUGUCUCGUGACAAUGAUUCAACAAUGCACUGCGAAACCUUUCAAACCAGUUAGACUCAUCUUUACAAUGCACCUUUUGUUCUAUUUUAAUUCUAUUGCAUGGCAUUCCAUCUUUACUCUCUACAGGUGCAACUGCAAUUACUGUCGUAUCAAUUGUUUACUUGACAGAUACACUGAAGUUAGACCCAACGCAAACUUCUAUUUUCUUUUUUAUCUCCUUGGUUGGGACUUUGCCCGGAUGUCAACUUGGUUGGUGGGUGACAAGAAAAACCAAUCCAAACACUUCAUAUAAAAUGUCAAUGGGAUAUUUAUACGUUGUCUUGGUGGUUGGGGCCUUGGUAUUGGAAGAGGUCCCGGCGCACUACUCAUAUGUCUGGGCAUUCCUCGUCGGGGCCGGCGUGGGCUGGUUUUAUACAACUGAAUAUUUGUUCUUUUCCACAAGUUUGCCAAGAGGUCAAGAGGCUGAAUUGUCGGGAUUUUUCAUAUUCUGUACGCAAAUUCUAGUGUGGCUCCCACCUUUGGUCUUCACAUUAUUGAAUGAAAUCAACGUGCGACAAAAAUAUGGAGUCGUUGCCACUUCGUCCUUCUUUCUCGUAGCAAUCGGGCUGUUGAUGCUCACGAGCUCAUGGGACGAAAUUGUUGAAGAAGCAAAAUCGGGAGUUGCAAAGGCGGCUGACAUCGACAAUGAUACUAAAAGGAAACCUGACGGUGGAGACGAUGACGUGAACGACUGCAGAAAUGAACAAGACGUAGAUGGAGGCUAAUCAUAAUCACGAAUUCGUAAGGGGAAAUACAUACUCAAGUCAAAAAAUAACUCUCUUUCUCUCUUUGUGAUGUUGGCUUGCAUGGAGCAAUGCCAGAAUGAAAUGAGCGAAAUUUUGCACUGGUUGCAUGAACACGAUAAAAGAAACUUAUUCUGAAAUACGUGAAGCUCGGUCAUGAAUGGAGGCAAUAAAAUAUGCCUAUGCGCACGUUCCAGUCCUUCGCAACGAUUGGUUAUGUGAAGAAUCAACGUUCUGUCAUUCUUGUGUGCAAAAACAUACUACUAGUGGUACAGUCUCCUCUAGCCAUUCAGUAGUUGUAGUACUAGUACUAGUAGUCGGCUACUAGUAGUACUACUAAUAGAAGCAAGAAGUUGCU